AUGACCAUUCGCACUUAUGCUCUUUACGGCUGUAGCAAGCGCCUUCUUACUUUCAUGGUAAUCGUGCUCGUUUCUCUUGUGAUAGGAGUUUCUGCGAGCACUUUUGGACAUUUUUCAGGUGAUGUGGCCACCGUUCCAGGAGUUGGCUGCUAUGAAUCAUCUACAGCAGAGUCAGCCACCCGUAUUGGUUUGGCAUGGAUGGCCGAAUUUGUCUUCGAAUUACUGAUCUUCAUCCUCACGGUGUACAGGGUUUGCAAAACUAGAGGCUUGCUGCAGUUGUCUCUAUUCACCAGGAGAAACAUGAUUGAUAUCAUAUUUUAUGAUGGUGUAAUGUACUUCGGAGCGAUGGCGCUGGUGAACAUACCGAACAUCCUGGCAUACUACUCUGGGCCAGUUGCUACCAGAGGCACUCUGGCUACACUUAGUAGCUGCAUCUCCGUUACUCUCAUCUCUCGGCUGGUGCUCAACCUGCAUAAAUCUACCGACGCUAGCACUUUCUCCAUCCCCGCCCAGGAUGACGACCCCGGCCGCGAUGUCCUCACCACCAGGGUCAACGUACAGUCCGCGAUUUCCUCUCACCAUUGCUAA